AUGGAUGCAGCAACAUCCCAGCCUCUGGCCGACCGACCCACAAACACCCACCUGGCCAGCACAACCACCACCACCGACAAGAAGGGCGACGUCUCCAUGGACUACCACCGCCAGAUGCUGCAGGGGAAGCUGGAAAGCGCCGACAAACAGCCAACCGCCUACGUCUCCCCCUCGGACGAUAUCAUGAGUCCCUGUACGAAGAAGCUGAGUGAUAUCAAGGGCAAACGGUUUAAGAAUGCCGGCAAGCCACAGUCUCUGUUCGCUAAGUUGGGCAAGAAGAGUUACGAGCAGUCUGCCUCGACCUCAGCCGCGACGGAGAGCCCAACUGCCCAAUAG